AUGGAGCCUUCACCACCGGACUCAGUGCUACAGACUCAAGAAGAAAGCAUGCCCAAUACCCCCAAAUCGUGGCAGUUUUAUCUCAUACUCUUUUCACUCUCUUUUAUCAGCUUUGUUGCCGCCCUCGACGGCUCGAUAAUUGCCACAGCCCUCCCUAAAAUCACGAAUGAUCUUUCGGCUGCCGACAACUAUGUGUGGGUUGCGAACUCUUUCCUCAUUGCUCAAACAGUUGUUCAGCCACUUUGUGCUCAGAUAUGUAACAUAUUCGGGCGCCGCGCACCUAUGUUCGUCUCGAUUUCUCUUUUCAUGCUUGGGAGUGGGAUCGUAGGAGGCUCAAACAGCUCCACGAUGCUCAUAGCCGGUCGCACCGUUCAGGGCCUCGGAUCUGGAGGCAUCAUGAUGCUUGUUGAACUCAUUAUCUGCGAUAUCGUCCCCCUCAGAGAAAGAGGAAAAUACCUCGGCAUUGUCAUGUCUUCGACCGCUAUCGCUGCCAUUUUAGGACCAGCUGUCGGAGGAGCUCUUGCUACAGUAAACUGGAGAUGGCUUUUCUAUUUAAAUCUUCCUAUUGCGGGGGUCACCAUGGUUUUCAUGGCCAUAUCUCUUCGUCUACAUCACGAGAAAGAAUCUACGUGGGCGCGAGCACUCUUAAGAAUUGACUGGGUGGGAAACUUCAUAUUCAUCGCCUCUCUUUGUUUUCACUUGUACGAGUGGAAACCACCCAAUUUUUGCAAAGAAGUCUUCAUACCCCCGCGCAUCUUCGCGAAUCGAACUUCAUCCGCAGGCUUCUACAUCGAUUUCAUCUCCUCGGUACUACUCCAGUGGGUGUGCUUUUUCUGGCCUGUCUUCUUCCAAGCCAUCAAAGGAACCUCUCCUCUUAGAGCUGGAACAAACUUCAUUCCUUAUGAGGCUUUUCUCAUUGUGACAGCUGGCAUGGCUGGCGGGAUUCUCUCGAAAUUUGGACACUAUCGGCCAUUGCACCUCGUUGGAUUUGUUCUUAGUAUUCUUGGACUGGGAUUGAAUAUCAUGUUAUCAAACACCACCCCCAAAGUUUCUUGGGUCAUUUUCCAGAUGGUCGACGCCAUUGGCCGAGGAAUUCUGCUGCCUACCGUUCUGCCUGCGAUAAUGGCUUCCUUGCCUGACUCAGACGUGGCUACAGCGACGGGGCUGUACUCAUUUUUGCGUAGCUUUGGUUUCAUUUGGGGUAUCACAAUACCCGGGAUCAUCUUUAAUGCGCAAUUCGAUCGCUACUCCAAUCGUAUCAGCGACCCUGCCGUCCGCCAAGAACUAGCAGGUGGGCGGGCCUAUCAGUUUGUCAGUGGUACUUAUAUCCAUUCCCUGGAGCCCACUAUCCGACAACAAGUGAUUUCGGUAUAUCGAGAAGCGCUAAAAUCAGCUUGGAUUGGCGCUGUUGCGUUCGGAUGUACAGGGCUUGUUGCAGUAUGCGUGGAAAGACACAUAUCGCUCCGAACGAAAUUGGACACACAGUUCGGACUAAAGUCUGAUAAGCUUGAAAAGAACCAAGAAAAGAAGGUCUCUGUACCAGAGGACAUAGAAGUGGCGCUCUAG